ACAGUCUAUCAUGUGGUCUGAAGCCCUAGAUCGUUAGAUACAUAGUUACGCCUGUUUCUGCCUCUUCUCUUCUCUUCCUUUAUCCCUCUUCUUAUCAUUUGCUCUAUCUUCACCCAGUCAACCUUUCCAUCGCACUUCAAGCCAAUGGCUCACUCUUACAGUCCAUUUCCCGAAGGAAAGCUAUCCGAUCUGGCUACGUCCGCCCAGGAGACCAAGGUCGUUAUCUCGGAAAAAAACGAACAAUCGCUUAAGGAUCUCGCCUUUGGUUCUUUGGCCGGUGUAGCAGGCAAGUUCAUCGAGUUCCCGUUCGAUACUGUCAAGGUCCGUCUCCAGACCCAGCCCUUGGACCACCCCAUCUUCAAGGGCCCGUAUGACUGUUUCCGGCAAACAGUCCGCAACGAAGGUUUCCUCGGGCUCUACAAUGGUCUUUCAUCGCCACUGGUGGGUGCCAUGCUGGAGAACGCCGUGCUCUUUGUCGGUUACAGACGCGCCCAAGACAUGCUGCGGGAAUUCGUCGCAACGCCAGACCAUCACCACAGCAACUCUGGCCCAGCACCCCUCAGCAUCCCCAUGCUUUGUCUUUCUGGAGGAAUCUCCGGUGUGUUUGCCUCAAUGGUUCUUACGCCUGUGGAGCUGGUCAAGUGCAAGCUGCAGGUUCAACAGAUCGGACACUUGUAUACCAAGGAUGCCAAGACUGGACCAGUCCCCAAGGCUCUCCACAGCGGACCUUUUAGUGUCAUCAAGCAUAUUUAUACCCAAAAUGGCCUCCGUGGCUUCUAUCUGGGCCAUUUCCCGACUUUUCUUCGCGAGACUGGUGGAGGUGCCGCAUGGUUCGGGUCGUACGAGGCGGUCUGCCGGUUUUUGAUUUCGCGUGAGCAGUUGAGCGCGCCCGAGGGUAAAACUGUAACCCAGGCGGAUUUGGCGGCACCACAUUUGAUGUUGGCUGGUGCAAUCGCUGGAAUGGCUUAUAAUUUCAUUCUAUUCCCGGCGGACUGCAUCAAGAGUCAUAUGCAGACCCAGGAUGUGCUGCGUAGCCACCAGCGGUCGGCUGGUGGAGGUACCGCCGCGGCCUCGAAGCAAGGUUUCUUGACGACCGGCCGGGAGAUUUUCAAGUCCGAGGGCAUCCGUGGACUGUACCGAGGAUGUGGUAUCACCGUUGCUCGAUCUGCGCCUUCCAGUGCCAUCAUUUUCAUGACUUAUGAACUGCUUUCUCGUCGAUUUUCAUAGGAGACCAUAGACAACAACAGCAACAAUAGCAGCAACGCCUUCCAGCAUAUCCUUCACUCUAGCAUUCUAAUACUUUUCGUUUUAUUCAUCAUUAAGAAUCUCCACUCUUUUUUCAAUAUCUUGUAAAAUAAAUUAAAAAACAUCUGUUG